GCACUGCAUAUGUCUGUCAGCGGACAUUGAGCACCUCCUAAUGAACUUACUAGCUAACAGUCACAACAAAAACAGAACAGUGUAUUGCUAAUUAAGAAUAUACUCUCAAUACGUCUUAGAAGGAGGAUACAUACAAGCUUAACAUAAUGAGUGGUCUACGCACUGUCCUGGUCUCUACUGGGUUUGUCGGUGUGGUAGGCAUUGGAUAUGGAAUGUGGUCAGUGAUUACACCAGGAGAGGAAAGGAAGAGGGAAAUGCUCAAGAAUCUACCCGAAGCUAACCCACUGAGAAUGGAGGAGACAAGGAAGAGGAACGCCCUCAUGAUGCAGGUGCUGAAGGAAGCUGCAGAGACCGAUGACAACAUUGCAAGAGGAUUGGGCCCUAUGAGAUCCCAGAAAUAGUCAUGCUCACAUGCUGGUCAUGUUCUCCAACUCAGACAUCACAUGCAUCAUCCAAUGGUUACGUGCCAUGUCAUCGACUGUGCCGUCAGGCACCAGAUUGAUACAACGUGGUUAGCUGAUACGUAAAAAAAUAUUUAAAAAACCUAUCCAGAUCUGACAUGCAACGUCUGAGCAGGGGAACCAGACCAUUGUCUUCACAUUGAUUUGAAAGACGUGGGGAAGAGACCAUACUAUUACAGAUGACACACCAGUAAACCUGAGCUUCACCACUUCCUCUUAAGAGACAAGAUUAUAUUGGUGUUUGCAUUUGUGUUGAGUAUGAAUGAGUGUAAGGGGUAUUAAGUACGUUGUUUCACUGAAUGAGAAAGUGCUGAAAAUAAGAGGCAAUGGUUCCCAAACUUCACGACUUGAACACAUGCUCUGUUACAUUGAAACAAAGCAUAUUUAUUACAAUAAUAGUGUUGUACAUAAUUCAUUAAUCAUUUUUGCUAGCUGAAUGUGCUUGUGAUGGUCACAACAAUGUAUGGCUAAUAAAAUGUAAACAAUCCUG